GCCGGUCUGCGCGCGCACGGUACAAGGACGAUAAUUCUGCCUUUACGGUCAUUCCUUAUGGCUUUAAAUAAAACAUAAAAAAAAACAUAAGCGUAAACCUGGGGAUUCAUUCAUUUCUUCAUAACGACGGGGAUUCAAAAACGAACAGAGCAGGUAGAGACGCUGUUUCAGUACCGCGCUGUGUGUACUAAUACUUCUGCAGAUACAAGACUCAAUGUGUGCAUAAAGCAAAAGCUUGUGCUUGAGGAAGAACCUGCAGCAUGAGUGAUGAAGCCAAGAGAGCAGAGCCCAGGGCUAACGGGAAGCAAUGCUCAUGGGCAUCUUACAUGACCAACUCGCCAACGCUGAUCGUCAUGAUUGGCCUCCCUGCACGAGGCAAGACCUACAUGUCAAAGAAGCUCACACGUUAUCUGAACUGGAUUGGAGUUCCAACUAAAGUCUUUAAUCUAGGGGUCUACAGAAGAGAGGCGGUGAGAGCAUACAAGUCCUACGAUUUUUUCCGUCAUGACAAUGAAGAGGCUAUGAGAAUAAGGAAGAAGUGUGCAUUGGUGGCCCUGCAAGAUGUGAAGUCUUAUCUGAACGAAGAGGGAGGACAAAUUGCAGUAUUUGAUGCUACCAAUACAACCCGAGAGAGGCGUGAUCUCAUCCUGAAUUUUGUGAAGGAGAACUCGUAUAAGGUGUUUUUUGUGGAGUCCGUCUGCGAUGACCCGGACGUUAUCGCUGCUAACAUUUUGGAAGUGAAGGUGUCGAGUCCGGAUUAUCCAGAAGGUCACCGAGAACAAGUCAUGGAAGACUUCCUGAAACGUAUCGAGUGCUACAAAGUCACUUACCAACCACUGGAUCCUGAUGAUUAUGACAAAGAUCUGUCCUUCAUUAAAGUGGUGAACGUAGGCCGUCGUUUCCUGGUGAACCGUAUACAGGACUACAUCCAGAGCAAGAUCGUCUACUACCUCAUGAACAUCCGCGUGCACUCCCACUGUAUCUACCUGUGCCGCCAUGGCGAGAGCGACCACAACGUAGAGGGUCGAAUCGGGGGCGACGCGGAGCUCUCACCUCGCGGCAAGCAGUUUGCAACAGUUCUGCGUGGAUUUAUCGAGGAGCAUGGCUUGUCAGAUCUGAAGGUCUGGACCAGUCAGCUGAGGAGAUCCAUUCAGACGGCUGAGGCUCUGGGAGUGCCGUAUGAACAGUGGAAGAUCCUAAAUGAAAUUGAUGCUGGAGUGUGUGAGGAGAUGACCUAUGAGAUGAUUCAAAACUCAUUCCCAGAAGAGUUUGCACUUCGCGACCAAGACAAGUACCAUUACAGAUACCCAGGAGGAGAGUCGUAUCAGGAUCUGGUCCAGCGUCUGGAGCCUGUGAUUAUGGAGCUGGAGAGACAAGGAAACGUUCUGGUCAUCUGUCACCAAGCUGUCAUGAGAUGCCUUUUGGCUUACUUUCUGGACAAGAACGCAGAUGAUCUUCCAUAUUUAAAGUGUCCUCUUCAUACCGUCCUGAAGCUCACCCCUGUUGCCUAUGGUUGCAAAGUGGAGAUGUUUUAUCUGAAUGUGGAGGCAGUGAACACGCACCGAGACAGACCACUAGGGCAAACUCGGAGGACUCCAGCCCCCCUGCUGCUCCGGCGGAAUAGUUACACCCCUCUGUCCAGUCUCGACCAGGUCAGACGGCCGCGUCUGUACAGCGCCGGAAACCGGCCCUGGCUGCCCCUCGCGCCCUCCCCCUCAGCCCUGCGCUUCCCUGACACUCCUGAAGGGGCGCUGCUGCACAGCCAAGAAUCCUUGUGCGAAGGAAUCGUCUUUGAAAGCACAGAAGACAGUGGUGACUCUUUCCGCUUCUGAGUAGCUAGCCACGAAGGCUCGGGAGACUUCGACUUGACGCACAGCUUCAAUCUAGCACUAUGUAUGAAGCACUAUAUAAAUCCUGCUUUUCUGAUGACUGCACUACUGUCACCGUUAAUCCACUUUACAUGUGUUCAGGGGCGCAAAAAUCUGCAUGUGCACUUUAAAAGGUUGCACAUUUUGAAGGCAAGCUUUAAUGCUCUGUAGUUCGCAUGUGUGGGAGCUUGCAACCUGAGAUUUACAGACAAGGGGUCAAAGGUUAUUAAUGUUAAUGGUUUUGUCUUCGAAUUUACAACAUUUCUUUUUGAUGGGGGUUCUUUUCACUUUUUUUUUAAACUUUAAUUUUAAUUGUUUUUCUGAAAUCUGAAGUGAAAUAAUAGACUUUUAACCAAAGAUGUUCUUCAAAUAUUUAUUGACAACUGCUUAAAUAAUAGUAAUAGUAAUAUCUGGGUGAUUACAUAAUUAAGGUGUUGUUAAAUCCUUGUCACUUUUUUUUCCCCAACAGUUAAAAAAAGGCAACAUUAAGGGUUACUCUUAAAUUAGUAAACUGGGUUGAAGGUGUAGGAUCGAAUUAGCAAAUACUAAGUAAAGCUAAAUGCCAUUCAUGCUCAUGAAAUGAGGACGUUAAGAACAUUCAGAGUAUAAGAACAGCAAAAGAAACAACAUGACCAUGUCAAAAUAAAAUCUAAUAAUAUCACGUUACUGAUAUAUAAUA